GAAGCAAUAACCGCGCGCUCUUUCUGGCUUCAAAUUCUUUUUAACUUCUCUCCAAGAAAACCAACCUCAACUCCAUAAUCAGAAAGAAACCGAUACUUUUUUUAUUACAAAAGUAAAAACUCCCAACACACCCAUUUUCCCUCUUGCAUUUAUCACACCCAAAAACUCUCUUUAAGUUUUCUUGGAACAUUUUCUGUUUUCCACCUCUUUGUUUCUCAUCCUCUUUCUACCAUAUCUAUAUCUAUUUGUCUAUCUAUAUAUAUAUAUAUAUAUAGCUCUUCUUCUAGCUUCUGGAAUUCAAGUUUCAUUUAACAAGACGCUCCCUUCAUUUAUUAUCUCCACCUCUUUCAUGAUUCAUUUAUACAUAAUGAUGUUGCUCUGAUCCAAACAAAGGACUUUAUAUAAGACUAAUGAACUCAAUCAGUCAACAAUUUUCUUGAUUUCAUACCAAAAAUCCAAAUCAAUGAAAACCCGGAUACAGAAUUCUGAUAUUUGAUGGUUAAGAAAGUGUCAUGGAGUACUUGUUAUCUGUUCUUGGUGCUCUUGUUGUGAUCCUAGUGGUUCUUUUGGGUGGUUUUCAAGUUGGUUUCUCUGCAAGUUCUCUGUCUAGGAAGAAUUAUAUCAGUUGGGAAGAUUUGAAGGUGGAUGAGCAAAAGGAUUUGAGAUCUAAUUCAGGUGAUGAAUAUCACAAUGGAGGAGGUCGUGUUAUUGUGGUUGAUAAGAACGGUGGAGGAAACUCUCGAACAGUUCAAGGAGCUGUUGAUAUGGUUCCAGAGCAUAACACACAGAGGGUCAAAAUUUACAUUCUUCCGGGAAUUUACAGAGAGAAGAUAUUUAUACCAAAUACAAAGCCAUAUAUAUCAUUCAUAGGGCAGCAGAAUCAGACAACCAGGACCAUAAUAACUUGGAACAAUAAGGCAUCAGACAAAGACAAAAAUGGUAAAGAACUUGGAACAUAUAGGUCAGCUUCUGUAGCCAUAGAAUCUGAUUAUUUCUGUGCAACUGGAAUCACUAUCCAGAAUUCUGUAGUUGCGGUGCCUGGUGGGCGUGGAAUGCAAGCGGUUGCUCUGAGGAUUGCAGGUGAUAAAGCAAUGUUCUACAAAGUUAAAAUCUUGGGGACUCAGGAUACACUUUUGGAUGAUAUUGGAUCACACUACUUCUACAAGUGCUACAUCCAAGGCAGUGUUGAUUUCAUUUUUGGCAGAUCUAGAUCACUUUACAAGGAUUGUGAUAUCCAUUCAAUAGCUAAGGAAACUGGAGCCAUUGCAGCACAUCAUAGGGAUUCACCAAGUGAAAAUACGGGAUUCUCUUUUGUAAACUGUGUAGUGACCGGUACUGGAAGUGUCUACUUGGGAAGAGCAUGGGGAGACUAUGCAAGAAUAAUUUACUCCUAUUGUCUACUCUCUAAUAUCAUAAUCCCCUCAGGAUGGACAGAUUGGAACCACCCUUCAAGACAGAAGACUGUAGAAUUUGGCGAAUACCAUUGCCGAGGACAAGGAGCACAUACUAGAGGUAGAGUGCCAUGGUUAAAGUCUUUCAGCGAAGAUGAAAUAAGGCCUUUCCUGGGAUUGAAAUUCAUUGAUGGAGAACAAUGGCUAAGACUAUAGUUUCUACUACAAGCAAGGCUAAUGGAGCACUUACCAUGUUCAUAAAGCUAACAGAAACACAAGGCAAAAACAGAUUUUGAAGUAUAAAUUCCCUCUUUCUCUGUUGCAAAAAGUAACCCAAAAAAAAAAAAAAAAAAAAAAAAAGACUUUAACAAGGAUGGUGUUAAUAUAAGAUGGUAUAUGUCUGAAAAUGUGUAUUCAAAUUGUUAUUUAUAAUUUUAAUACAAGUUGGUUUGUUUAGCGCAUCCUAACACAAACGAAACAAGAAAGAGCCACAAAGGCCAUGUUUGAACAAAUGCAAUGUGUUUUUCGGACACAGUAUUAGCCAACAAAACGAACGGCAGCAAACCGUCAUAAUCUCACUAUGCAUUCCAUAAUUUCUAUAUCCAAAAUAAAUAAAUAAAAAGGUGAGGACUUUGAUUUGGGUUUUUCUUCUUGUAUCUAGCAAGUAGUGUUUAUAUAGGACUGCUCCAUUAGAGUUUUUCUUUUUUGUAGGCUCUUUAGUAGUGUUUAUAUAGGAUUACACCAUUUAGAGAUAAUAUAGGCAUAGAAAUAGAGCUCUAACUUAGAUAGAGGUUCAAGUGAAAUCGAUUACUCGACAUUUUUCUUAUACUGGAUAGAAUACUAACCAAAUGAAACAAAUAUAAUUGUAUGAACCUUCAUCUUUCGUUGUGAAGCAUUUUGGUACUGAAAAAACCUCUAAUGGCAGACUACUACUCAUCUGCUUUUGUUUUUGCAUUAGUGGGUCUUUUGGGUAGUUUUCAAGCUUGUUUCUCCCAAAAUACUCCUGUGUCUGCAAAGAACUACAUCAGUUGGGAUGAUUUCAAGAUAAAUUUUAAGGAUUUGGGAUCCAAUUCAGGAAAUGCGUAUGACUUUAGCCAUGUUAUUGUGGUUGACAAAAAUGGAGG